CGUUAUAUACUGAACACAGAGGCCUCGCAUAAUGUGCCGACACUUGGAUUCUGGCCCUUCUUAGAGGACUUCUCCAAAGAUAUCAUAAUUGAUCUAAACCACUGGACCAAUGGGUGGGUGCACUGGAAUAUGGCGUUGAAUCUGACGGGUGGACCCGAUUGGUCGGGCUCUGCGGGCGCACCCAUUAUAGUGAACGCUACGGGACAGGAGUACUACAAGAACCCAGACUUCUAUGGUAUGGCGCACUUCAGUAAAUUUGUUUCACCCGAUUCCGUGAGACUGGAGCUCCGGGAGGAUAAACCGGUGGACAAAGUGCUGACCAUUGCUUUCGAGAGACCCGACGGCGGAGUUGUUGUUAUUAUUUUGAAUCCAAGUAACGAUGAAAUCGAUUUCACUAUCAAUGAGUCGACAAACCGUUUAACGCAUGUUAUUAAGGCCCACGCCAUACAAACCUAUAUCUAUUAUUAAUGGCAUUUAUUACUCG